CUGGAGCAAAUAUUUCUGGAGUAUUAGAAGCCUCAAGUCAGCCAGUGUUGCAAAGAGAGGAUGCAGCUUUCCACUUCUGGGGAUGCCUGAAGCCUCUCACUGAGGCAGUGGUUCGGGGAGAUAGUGUCAUUAACUACAGAUGGAGACCCUAUGUCACCAAGUAUAGAAGCUGAAAGAGGAGGUCAGCAAGCUGCACAACAUCAGAAAUAAUUGAGACAAAAUUGGCCAGAUAUUCUUCAAGACAAUGGGGCUGCAGGAGUCUGACCAGCAGUACUGAAGGAGAAGAGACAGAGUCUGCAUCAGGCUGAAAAACUAUGACAGAGUUUGGAAGCUUGUGACUUCUAAUGCCCACAGAAGAUCAGUGUCCCAGUGGCAAGGAGCUGGGAGCUAUUUUCAAUAAAGAACCAGAGCUGGCUGAUCCUGAGACACACAGCAACACCAGGAGGAAGCAGCAAUCGAUCACUGUGUGGGGAACGGUGACCACAGUCUGGUGUCCUAAUCUGCUGUCAAGGAUGGUUUAGUGCUGGUCAGAGUUAUGGAUCUGAUAUAUAGAGACUGCUGAACCUCAUCCAGCCCUCAGACUGCUGGCCCUGAUGCUCUUCUGUGUGAAAUAAACAAGGGACACCUGGAGCAUAUCAAGUGUAACUACAUGGCUCCAGGAAUAACCCUGGGGACCCAGGUGAUUUUCUUCUCAAUCUUACUGGUGGAGGAGGAAGGUCUUUUACUUAAAAAGAAAAGAAAAGCAUUAAGUUUUCUAGGCAGAUCCAGUUAUUCCUUUAGAUUUUAUGACUUUCUUUAGACAUUCAUAAAUGCAUAAAGCAUUCCAUUAAAAGAGUUUACAUUCUGAAAUAGUGUUAGCCUUAAUAAUGUUCUGAUUUAGCUCUCCAGAAUAUCUGGAAAUAAGUUUCAGUAGUCCUUUGCUUUGAUUUGAAUGACAACCUUCAAUGUCAGGGAAUAUUUCUAUGAUGGGUGGAAUCCUUGUAAAUGGAAUAAACUUCAGCCACGGGAAGUGUGACUGUGGGAAGUGCAAAUGUGAUGAAGGAUGGUAUGGUGAAGCUUGUCAGUAUCCAACUACUUGCAAUCUUACACGAAGGAAAAGCAAUGAAAUGUGCAAGAAUUCUCAAGAUAUCAUCUGUUCUGGUGCAGGCACGUGUCAGUGCGGCAGGUGUAAAUGUGCAAACUCGGAAGGAAAUGGACUCGUCUAUGGUAAAUUUUGUGAAUGUGAUGACAGAGAAUGCAUAGAUGAUGAGACAGAAGAGAUUUGUACAGGCCAUGGAAAGUGUUACUGUGGAAACUGUUACUGUGGGGCUGGUUGGCAUGGAGAUAAAUGUGAAUUCCAGUGUGACAUCACCCCUUGGGAGAUCAAGAAAAGAUGCACAUCUCCAGAUGGCAAAAUCUGCAGCAACAGAGGCACAUGUGUAUGUGGGGAAUGCACAUGCCAUGAUGUGGACCCAACUGGUGACUGGGGAGAUAUUCAUGGAGACACUUGUGAGUGUGAUGAAAGAAACUGCAAAGCAGUGUAUGAUAGAUAUUCCGAUGACUUCUGUUCAGGUCACGGACAGUGCAAUUGUGGAAAGUGUGACUGCAAAGAAGGAUGGACCGGGAAGAAGUGUGAACAUCCACGUUCUUGUCCACUGUCAGUUGAAGAAAGUGCUAAGAAAUGUCAAGGAAAUUCUAAUUUACCUUGCUCUGGAAGAGGGAGAUGUGAAUGCGGCCAGUGUGCGUGCUUCCCUCCAGGAGACAGCAGAGUCCACGGCAAAAACUGUGAAUGUGAUGAUCGGCAGUGUGAAAACAUGGACGGCGUUGUUUGUGGGGGACAUGGUAUCUGCUCAUGUGGCCAAUGCAUUUGCCAGGAUGGGUGGUUUGGAAAGCUGUGCCAGCAUUCAAGGAAGUGCAACAUGACAGAGGACGAGAGCAGAAGCCUCUGUGAGUCAAUGAGUGGCAUAUUAUGCUCAGGGAAAGGUUCCUGCCAUUGUGGAAAGUGCAUCUGCUCACCACAGGAGUGGUAUGUUUCGGGUGAUUUCUGUGAAUGCGAUGACCGAGACUGUGACAAACAUGACGGUCUCAUUUGCACAGGCAAUGGUAUUUGUAGCUGUGGCAACUGUGAGUGCUGGGAAGGAUGGAAUGGCAAUGCUUGUGAAAUCUGGCUGGGAAGAGAAUAUCCUUAACAAAGGACACCAAUAACUAAGGGGUUUUCUUUCUUUUUUUCCCUCUUUUUCCUGUGGUUUUUGUUUUGUGUGUGUGUUUUGUUGGUUUUUUUUUUUU